GCUCUCAUCCCUAAUGGACAACUCGAGAUUCUCUUACGGGAAGGCUCAAAACGCAUCGUUUCAUCAUUACCAAAAGCUCGAUUCCGAAUCCCGAUCCCCACGGUCAAUCAACGGUGAUUUCUCAUUUGGCGGCGACACCGAUCGCCGAUUCGCUUAUUCCCGGCAGCCUUCAUUUCACCAACCGCCGCAGGAGCCUCAGACUCCUGUCUCGAUCAAGGAUUCUACCAAGCCGUUUCUAUCCAGAACAAGUUCUAGCGUUGAUAUUCCCCUGAAUCUUUAUUCAUACGAUAAAAUCGAGAAUUUUGCGGAUGAGUCAAAGGAGUUAGAUGAGAAAUUGUCAAUUUUGUCGUUUAUUUUGUUUAUAUUUAAGAGCGCGAGAUCGGGGAAUAAGCAGCUAAGGAAAUUGUUCGUGUUGAUAUCGCUUAACGUUGCUUAUUCUUCUGCUGAAUUGUGUAUUGGACUUUUCUCCGGCCGAGUAGGUUUGGUUUCUGAUGCAUUUCACUUGACGUUUGGCUGUGGACUGUUGACUUUUUCCUUGUUUGCAAUGGUCACUUCACGGAGAAAGCCUGAUAGGUGCUAUACAUACGGGUAUAAAAGACUGGAGGUUCUGUCUGCCUUCACCAAUGCUCUGUUUCUUUUGUUUUUGUCAUUCUCCUUGGCCGUGGAAGCACUCCAUGCAUUUAUACAAGAUGAAUCUGAGCACAAGCAUUACUUGAUAGUCUCUGCUGUGACUAAUCUGCUGGUGAAUCUCAUUGGUGUGUGGUUCUUCAGGAACUAUGCUCGCAUUAAUCUUGUUUACAGAAAUGCUGAAGAUAUGAAUUACCACUCAGUUUGCUUGCAUGUUCUUGCAGACUCUAUUCGUAGUGCAGGAUUAAUCCUAGCAUCCUGGUUAUUAGCCCUUGGGGUGAGAAAUGCUGAGGUUUUGUGUUUGGGACUAGUUUCAUUUACUGUUUUUAUGCUCGUGAUACCACUUUUUAAAGCCACUGGUGGCAUCCUGCUGCAAAUGGCCCCUCCCAGCAUGCCAUCUUCAGCCUUGAGCAAAUGCUGGAGACAGGUAAGCACCCGGGAAGAAAUUUCAGAAGUUUCUCAAGCUCGUUUUUGGGAACUGGUGCCCGGUCAUGUCAUUGGAUCAAUUUCAUUACAGGUGAAGAAGGGAAUUGAGGAUCGACCGGUACUUCAAUAUGUGCAUAAUCUGUACCAUGAAUUGGGGGUACAGGACUUGACGGUACAAGUUGACUACAGCUAAAGUUUCACUUGUGUAUUUGUAUUUUAUUCCAGGUUGCUGGAUACAAAGAUCAAAUACCCAGGGCUGCAUUGGCGGUUGCCAGUUGAACCUUGUAUGAAAAAGAUUUAAUACUAGUUAAAGUUAAAAUUGCCUAUACGUCAGCAAGGAAGAAAGGUUUCAUUUUUGUUUAGUCAUCAAGUCAAGAAACAGUUAAUGUUCAUGACAUGAUUGCCUGUAAAGAAUUUUGCUCGGUUUCUUUUAUUGAUGCCUGGCACAAGGUUCAAUCUUGUAGAUGAAGGCACGAGUUGGUUGUCCUUUAUCGAGAUAACUCUUUGCUUCAGUUUAGAAUUGUUUCCUAAUGGAACCAGAGAUGAGUCAUCAUUGCAUUUAUGUCGCAAUAAGUGUUUCUUUUGU